AUGACGAUGGAGGAGCACAGAAAGGACCGAGAGCAAAGCUUUGAGGACGUCGUGCCCAAGCUUCAGUCCAGUGCCGCGGACGUCACCUCAGCUCCGCAAUCCCUAAGCGACACGGAAGUCGCUUCAGACCUGCAGCCGCCGAACGCAGCGGACGUCGCUCCAGCUCCUCAGCCGGCGAGCGCGCCGAGCGUCGCUCCAGCUCCUCACGAGCGUCGCUCCAGCUCCACAGCCGCCGGACGCAGUGAGCGUCGCUCCCGCUCCACAGCCGCCGGACGCAGCGAGCGUCGCUCCAGCUCCUCAGCUGCGAACGUCACGUCCGCCCUUCAGCCGGCAAGCUCCGAGAACAUUGUGCCCGAGCCUCAGUCCAGUGCCACGGACGUCGCCUCAGCUCCGCAGUCCCUAAGCGACACGGACGUCACUUCAGCCCCGGGGCCACCAAGCUCCACGAACGUCGCGUCAGCUCCGCAGCUGUCAAGCAUCGCGGAUGUCGUUUCAGCUCCACUGCCUCCAAGCGCCUCCGAGAUCAGCAUGCCCGCUUCGCAGCCCGGCUCUGGGAAACCUGUCCUGCUGGCCAUGCAGCCCGGCUUAGGGGACAAGGGCUACAGCCUCCGGAUUAGACUGGUGAAUGGUCACAGUAACUGCUGUGGUCGAGUGGAGAUCCAGCACAAAGCCCAGUGGGGAACAGUGUGUGAUGAUGACUGGGACUUAAAGGAUGCAGAGGUGGUGUGUAGACAGCUUGGAUGUGGUAAAGCAGUCAGCGCUCCUCAUAAUGCCCGUUUUGGUCAGGGAAGUGAACCAACCUGGCUGGAUAAUGUUCGGUGUAAUGGGACUGAGAGCUACAUAGAUCAGUGCUCACAUGGAGGAUUUGGAGUGGAGAACUGUGGACAUGGGGAAGAUGCUGGAGUUGUUUGCCUAAAUUUACAGAGUCCCACACUGACUCGGAUCUCCCCAAACUCUGUGGUCUCACCUGGAGAAGUCCUUCAGUUCAGAUGUUCCACACCCAGCCCAACAUGCAUCCCUGUAGACUUCAGUUUGUAUAAAACUGGGUCAUUAAUAAAGGAGCAAACUGCAGAGACUACAACAACAUUUACUCUGACUGUAGAUGAAUCACAUCAGGGCCAGUACACCUGUGACUACACAUACAGGGAAAGUAACUCUAUAUCAUCCAGAAGCAGCUCUAUUACCAUCACUGUGGUUCAUAAGCAGAUCAGGCUGGUGAAUGGUACGGGUAACUGCUGUGGUCGAGUGGAGAUCCUGCACAACACCCAGUGGGGAACAGUGUGUGAUGAUGACUGGGACUUAAAGGAUGCAGAGGUGGUGUGUAGACAGCUUGGAUGUGGUAAAGCAGUCAGCGCUCCUCAUAAUGCCCGCUUUGGUCAGGGAAGUGAACCAACCUGGCUGGAUGAUGUUCGGUGUAAUGGAACUGAGAGCUACCUAUAUCAGUGCUCACACAGAGGAUUUGGGGUAGAGAACUGUGGACAUAAUAGAGAUGCUGGAGUCGUGUGCUUAAAUUUGCAGAGUCCUACACUGACUCGGAUUUCCUCAAAUUCUGUGGUCUCACCUGGAGAAGUCCUUCAGUUCAGAUGUUCCACACCCAGCCCAACAUGCAUCUCUUGUGUGCCGAGUCCCUGGGUGUCCUGCGACGGGCGAGGAGUGCCCCCACUGGAGAACUUCGGGGACCAGACGCUGAGGAACAAAGAGUCGUCCAGGCGGCGCACCUGUCGGCCCAGUCUCCGCAGCCUGAGCCUGGCGAACCCUUGUCUCUAUGUCCCAGUGGAUGGGUGA